CUGGAGCUGUGUUUUCGCCUCAAGGUUCCUCAGCUGACGUCGAUUUGGAAUUGGUCCUGGUUGAAGCUUGGCUCAUGCCACCCUUGAGCCACUACUUGUCGGUCAGUAUCCGAAGCUUGAAAAACUCCGACUUGAGUCUUAUCAAGUCGGACCCGAUGGCAGCUAGCCAAUAUGAGUCCGACCAUGCAGUACACGCAACGGCUGGCUUCUCGACUCCAAUUUGCGGUGGGGGGAGUCAACCUGUAUUACGAUUCUGUGAUGAGCCUCAUGACCAAUUCUGAACAGUCAAGAUAUCGCCUACCCAUCCAUCGCUUGGCGCGCCGAGGGAACUCCGAACGGAAAUGCGCGAGUCACGACACACAUGAAUCCAUCCAAGUUCACAGGAAUAGUUGUCCUGUCGCAACGGGGGAAGUCGAAGCGGAGAAUGCCGGCGCGCAGCGUUGCAUCAAUCCCACCGAGGUCACGCCUGGUGGUCUGCAGCAGAAUGCGACUCGUGACGGCCUCUCCGAUCCGGGCUUGGAUCAGGUUGUAUGUCGAAAACACCUCAGCGAACGGCGUUCGGGACGUGGGCGGCAGGUAGCAAGGACCUGCCGUGGUCCUUGCUACCUGCCGUGGGCACCGUUGCUCUCACGUCGCCACUUCAGGCCGCCCCAAUUUGAUUCCAACAUUGAGUUUUAUCGAACGGCCGUUGCAUGGAAGCCAGACCCAGUUCUCCAGAGCUAUUCGGCCCUUGUGUUCAUUUGAGCACUAUAAUUGACAAGCAGUUCCAACUUGUGGGGAUCUCGUUUUACUUGGAGCUUCCCCAACAGCUUCCCCAUCAUUUUGAGGGGUAUACCUUGGGGUUAGCGGGGAAAAACUUGAACAGCAAAAUCCCUGCAGUUUCAUGGGCGCUGGGGGAAGGUCUGGUAAAUGAUCGAUCGAUGGCAACGGAGAACUGAAUCCGAUGCGUUGGUU